AUGAGUGCAAACUUUGAAAUAGGACAAUCUCAAGUAACAACAACACCAAUAAGCAAAGUUAAUAAUAUAAAAUCAAAUUUACAUAAGCGUAGAAGCCUGAAUGAAGACCUUUCACCUAUCACUCGUAAAUUUAUUAAACUUCAAUCAGACAAUGACGAUACACCAAAAAGUGCACCACAGCAAUCGCUUAUUUUCACCACACCACCUAUAUCUCGUUUAUGGUGUCCAUCAAGGCUUGAAAUGAUAGAUUUAUCACCUGCUUCACCAAAACCUAAAAAAAGAUCUCUUAUAUUUUUUAAUAAUUUAACACAUCCAUUUAUGUUAAACGAUCAUGCUACUAAAUAUCCACAUUUUUUGGAUAAAGAUUACUUUGAAAAAUUUGGUCGUGUUAGUAAUGGUAAAUAA